UUAUGUUCGUACAAACCUGCUGUUAUUGGUCUACUGUGAAAAGCAUUUUUCUUUAAACAGUGACUAGAAACUAAAUUUUGUGUCGCGUGUGUUGAGUCUAAAUGAAGAUGGAAUACUUUGCUCCAGAAAACGCUUCUUUAAGCAACAAUACACGAAUAUUGUGCUGUCAGUGUGCUGUACCUAUAGAAGCAAACCCCUCAAAUAUGUGUGUAGCUUGUUUAAGGGCUCAUGUAGACAUCACAGAUGGAAUACCCAAACAAGCGACAUUAUUCUUCUGUAGGGGUUGUGAAAGGUAUUUGCAACCACCCUCUGAGUGGGUUGUGUGUGCAUUAGAGUCACGUGAACUCUUAGCUCUCUGUCUCAAGAGAUUAAAAGGAUUGAGCAGAGUUAAGUUAAUUGAUGCUGGUUUUGCUUGGACUGAGCCACAUUCGAAGAGAAUAAAGGUAAAAUUAACUGUACAAGGCGAAGUUAUCGGAGGAGCAGUGCUCCAGCAGACAUUUAUAGUUGAAUUUACAAUUCAACAUCAAAUGUGCGAUGCUUGCCAUCGUUCAGAAGCUCAAGAUUACUGGCGUGCUUUAGUGCAAGUACGACAAAGAGCUAAUAACAGGAAAACAUUUUACUAUCUUGAACAAUUAAUAUUGAAGCAUAAGGCUCAUGAAAAUACUCUAGGGAUCAAGCCCAAGCAUGAUGGACUAGAUUUCUUCUAUUCAACAGAGAAUCAUGCGCGCAAAAUGGUUGAUUUUAUUCAAUCUGUUCUGCCUAUAAAAUGUCAACAUUCCAAGAAGCUAAUUUCGCAUGACAUACAUAGCAAUAUAUACAACUAUAAAUUUACAUUCAGUGUGGAAAUUGUACCUCUAUCUAAGGACAGUGUUGUGUGUCUUCCAAAGAAACUUACCCAACAAUUGGGAUCCAUUUCACCAAUUUGUUUAGUGCACAGAGUAACUAGCACAAUUCAUUUGAUUGACGCUAAUAAUGGACAAGUUUGCGAUGUAUCAUCCACUGUUUACUGGAGAAAUCCUUUUUCACCCAUAUGUAAUCCUAAACAGUUGGUGGAAUAUAUUGUUAUGGAUAUUGAUAUACUGAAAGAACAUGAAAAGAAAUCUUUCCCGGGACAGGGUAUGGUGUCUAACAAACACGUGAUUGCUGACGUCUGGAUCGUUAAAGCCAGCGAAUUAGGCAUGGACAUUAGUCCCGUACACACUAGGACGCAUCUAGGACACAUCCUGAAACCGGGCGACACCGUUCUAGGAUAUAAUUUAAGUGAAUCAAACGUUAAUGAUACAAAUUUCGAUAAACUGGAUCGAAGUAACAUCCCCGACGUGUUUUUGGUGAAAAAGUUCUAUGGUGAAAAGUCGGCUCGGAGGAGAGCACGUGCUUGGAAACUCAAACACAUGGCCGAAGAUUUCCACGAAGGCCUCAGUUCCACUAAUGAUGACUACAAUGACUUCCUUGAUGAUCUCGAAGAGGAUCCUGCAUUCAGACAGAAUGUUAAUAUUUUUAAAGAUACUAGCAGAAUUGCUGUGGAUACAGACGAGAUCGAUCCGUCACUUCCUCGUAUUACACUGGCCGAAAUGCUCGACGAUUUAACUAUUGAAGAUGUGGAAAUGAGCGACGUUUGACGAAUGCUGACUUUUAUUGUUUUCUGUUGUUAAAAAUCUAAUUUUCUUCUAUGGAAUUUAAUAUAUAAAAAAAAAUAAAGAAAUUG